GUAUUUCAAAAUACAUUGGCUUUGAAGAUAUUGUUGCGUAUCAAAAAAAAAAAUAAAUCUUUCCCAGAAGUAAUAUAAAAAAAAAUACUUGUAUUUAGCCCCUAGUUUCUCUGAUAACUCUUAGCCCUCCUCUAGAACAGGGUUGUUUGACCCUCACAACGCCUCUCAUUCCUUGCGCUCCAGCCCUGGUCUGAUAACGCCAACGAAGAAGCGGCACAAAAGAGAAAACAAUAAUGCAGGCAGCGUCGCUUUUCUUUGAUUGGAAAAUCCGUAAACCGUAGAAAGCGUGCAACGUGUAAAAUUGGAGUACAUGCACGCAUCUGGCCUCGAGGCUUAUCAACUGGACAUAAAGCUGGGACCAUGGCAUGGAACACGGCCACAUUAUUUUCGGGUGCAAAGUACUUGAAAGAUUCUGAGGAGGAGGAGUCCGAGGAAGAGGAGGAUGAAGAAGAGGGCUCGGCGAAGUCCGGUUCUACGAGUUCUUUCAGCCUACAAGAGUGCAUCGAUGAGUUCCGAGCCCGACGCGUUCGUCGAGUUUCCGGACAGAGUCGCGACUGCGAGAAUAACAAUAACAACAUGACCCGUGCCAGAGAGGAGCAGCUGCCCAGAAGCCGUAGGGCAACGGAUGCGGACCUAAUCAACCAGAAUCGCAGCAACAAGGAGCAGGAACGAAAGGGUAAACCCUGCAAGGAUGGAUUCUGUUACUGUUUCACCAGCGACAGCGGGGACUGCGCCUCGAUAGCUCCGCCACGUGACCAGCACGUGCGCCUGCCCCGUCGCAGCAGGCGUUCCGACAGUAGUAAGGCUACUAAGCAGAACAAUCUGGGCAGCCAGGGAAAGCAGACCGAGAAACGACGCCAGAGCGAACCACCCAACAUUAGGUCCUGUUCCAGAUCCAAGAGUCCGUUGACAGCUGUAAGUCGCCUGAGUGCCGUAGACGGCGAUGAUGCGCCGCUUAUCCACAUCAUCCAGGAGCUGCGGGACAAUUGCGUGGUGUCUGAGGUGCGAGUGAACCGCCAAAGGUUCCCACAAAGUGCAUCCAGCUGCCAGCACAGGAACUCUCGAAUUAAAGCCUCCAAAUUAGAGGCCUACGAAGCUAUUGCCUACAAGCCCUCGGCUCCCGUUUUGUCCAACAUCAGCGAGCAGGAUUCGGCUGUUGAGGAGGAGGAGCUUCAACAGGAGCUAGAGGUAGAAAAGGAAAUGCCGACCACAGAGGCCAGUAGCCGUAAAAAUUCCCGAUCUCGGCGCAGUUCCGGUGCCGGCGGACGUCUCCUUCAGAAGCGACUCUCCCAGACGCAAGUUAACUUCAAAGCACGCGAUGUCCAUCAGCCACCGAAGAAGCCACCGCGUCGCAGUUCCCAGAGCCUGGAUGGAAAGUGUUCCCAAUCCUCGCUCGCCUCCACGAAUCCCUCCGUGAGGGAAGCGGAGCGGGUCCUCGACGAAUUUCUUCGCAAACACGGCAUCGAGGUGCCGGUUAGUAACCUGGAAUCGAAGUCCUCUCGAAAGAAGGAUGGCCAACGCAGGUCCUAUCCCAUGGCCGAGGUGGAGAAGCCCAAGAGCCGCAGCAAGCAGCUGCCCACUUGCCCCUCGCUCAGCGACAUCGAACGCGUCGUCGAGUCCAAGAAGGGCUCCAAUUACUCUCGAAAUAUUCGCCAGGAAAGCAACCGCAAGAGCGGUCCUUCCAAGCAGAUCAUUCUGGGCUGGACAGAGCCCAAAAUCACCGAAAUGCUCAACUACGAGGGGAAGUCUGCCAGGGAGUUUAAGUCGCUAGCUCCGCCAGCGGAGCCACAAGUGUCGAUUGGAUGGCAAGUGCCGAAGCCCCAGCCGCAGCCAGUUGUCCCAAAGGUGUCCCUGGACACGGUCGAUGGGAUUAUGAGCGAGAAUUUCGCCGCCAACAUGGAGCACAAGGAAACGCCCAUUAAGUAUCCGAAAAUUAUCAAAACAGCAGGCGGCCAGGCCAGCCAGAAGUUCAUCUGGGGCGAGCAGUGGCGGAACCUCUCCCCCUGGAAAGGCAACAAGUCCAAGAAGCUGGGCUCCAAGUCGAAGAACUUUCUCAACAACUCCAAGAAGAAGAUCCUCCGAUUCGUUUCGCCAAAGAAAUCAAACCAGCAGGAGCCUCCGCGCGAGGAGCAAACAAGACCUCCUCCCAAGCUAUGCACUGUGGGCGUCCAAACGUCCACUUCGCAGCUGGACCUACAGUCUCAGUCGCCGCCAGGCAGCUAUCACUCUCCCAUGCAGACCACUCCCUCCGGCACGACAACCUCAACCCGCCAGCACCUGGACAGGGAGCAGCCCUACUUCGACUUCGAUCGUAAGGUGGACGCUCCGACGCCUCCCAAGAAGAUUCCCCGAGCGAAUCGUGCUCGCAAAUUGGAUUUCCAAACAGAGGCAGCUCCCACCACCUAUCGCUCGUACCACAAGGAUCUGGAUCAGGAUGUUACUCUGACCAAAAUGGGCUACCUGCUCAGCAGCAUUCGCUCCAAGCUGGAGGCCAGCGACGAACGAGCCAUACAAACAUUUCGGGACUGUUCCCGAUUUGAGUCCCGUCACUCGUCUCUGGAGCAAUUCCCACGGCAAACUGAAAGCUACGACUGCACCGAUGGACCCAGCUCUCAGACUACCGUCUCUGUGGGCACCACUCGACCCUUGCUCCACAGGGAACUUGAUAGCGAGCCCAUUUACUCGGAGAUCGAGGAGGAUUGCAUGCGGAUCAGGGGAAGUCCACAUCAUGAGGUUAAGACUGCAGUGCAGCGUAUAACUCCCACGCCCACUGCCACGCCGCCGCCUAGCUCGGCAUCCUAUGUUAGUGAGAUUACUCCAGUGCCUUCGCCCUCGUCCGCUGAUGUGGAGGCCAUGUAUGCCAGGGUGCAAAAGACUCCAAAAAACUCGCCACAGAUCAAGGGAAAACCCAGUCAGUUGAUAAUGCCUCCCCAGGAGGAACGAACUGAAAUUGUUGUACAAAAAAUGCCUCCGCAAAGAUCUAAUCAGGUAGUACAGUCUGGAAUUGAUCAAAAUACUCACAACCAGCCCGUAGCAUUGGGCCAUUUUCUUCACGAGUCCUUGAAGAACGGCAGCUUCUUCCAGUUUAUGCCACUGCCUGAGGAACCAAGUGGCACAGAGUCUUCUUGUUCAGCCAGCCAAACAACCGCAUCUUCCGUGAUACGCCAAUCAGUCUUAAAGACUUCGCCUCCUCUGAUCCACCAAUCCUUGAACAACAUCAGCGAAAAGGACUCGCCUCCCAAAAGUUACCGUAAUCUCUCCCGCUCGCAGCUCUCUCUGCAGCGCAGUGAGAUCUUCCUGGACAACUUGUGCCGCAGUGAACUGGUACUAGAUCGCCUCGAAAAGGUGCCCAAUACCUGCUCCAAUGUUGAUUCCGUGUCGUAUGACCUACCAAAUGAAGGCGGUGAUGAGUUAUACGGAGAUUACAGCAUGGGAGAGGCUGAAAGUGGCAGGAGUUCCAUUGGCGGCAAUGAUUACGGCUCCGGUCAGAUCGAUCCUCAACCAGAGAACCAGAGCACCCCCAAGAAGCAAGUGCCGCCGAAGAGCCAGCGCUUCACAACUAAGCCGACACGCAAUCUCAGCAUUGAUAUAAACGAUAGCCAGACCACGCCUCUGCGUCCUCUGGGCCAGAAUAUCAGCUUCAGCUGCCCCACAACUCCUCAGCAGGCGGAGCUACAGGUGGGUAACUCAACGGGAUUCCACAACAACAGCAGCAGCUUGGUGGAACUAGGCCAGGUGACCCUGCCGAACAAUCCCAGCGACAGCCAGCUGAUGUCGGUCAGCGCCCUGGCCCGCUGCCGCCUGCUGAAGGAUGCACUGCGUCGGUCGUACCGCAAGGGUAAGGACUUUUUCAAAGCAGAGAAGCUGCGACUCACAAACACCUUGAACAUAUCGCGGGAUCAGUCGAAUCAAACUGAUGGCGAGCUGGACAGCAGCAGCUACUAUGCCAGCUUUAAUUUGGAUUCUCUGCUAAAUGAAUCCCUGACCACCAACGAGCAACUGGCUCAAGCUGUCAGUAUUUGUCGCCAGAUGCCAGAGCUGGAGAUUUCUGCUGAAAUGGUGGAGGCAGAGCGGUUACUUCUCUUCUCCAGCCUACGGAAGUCGAAGCCUGGUAGACUCGCGAAUGAGGAAGCUUUGGCGUCUCGGAGGCAAUCGCAGUGCCUACUUAUCGAUGGCAUGAAGCUGCCAGUGCGUGCGGACGUUAAUCAGGAUAUGUUUUUCAACUACCACUAUAUCUGCACCUUUGAGUGCGGAGGCCGCAUUCGUUCCACCCAGUCGGUGGAGUGCCAGAAUGGCUCCGCCCUGUUCCGCGAUUGCGGACUGGAGUUCUAUAGCGCAGAUAAAGCAGAGUCUUUGGAGCUGCAUUGCCAGAUCUUUAUGUUGAGGCUUCGCAAGGUGUCCACUCUAUCACUGGAGCCUGCCAAAUCCCUGCGACGAGGCAGCGGGAAUUUAGGCUCCUCUAAUUCCAGUUCCUCUGCUGGUUCUGGCUCUGAGCACAUAGUCUCCCGCUUUCGUCUGCACGCCUCUUUCACCUUGAGGGCCAUGGACCUGUCACCCUUCGAAGUGGUGGGCAGUGAAACAAAAGCCAGUGAUACGAUUUGCUUGCGUAGUUCCCGAUCCUGGCCGCUGCCCAUUAAAGCUCACACAAAAUCCACAAAUCUGGGACCAGGAAUAGCAAUUACCGGCCGGGUUGAUCUUCGACUGCCCAAGACCCGUUUUUCCGGCUACCUGAAUGUCCAGGAUCCUAGGAACCAGCACCACUGGAACCGCAGAUGGUGCAGUCUGGAUGGCUUGGAGCUAUCUGUCUGGCAACAUGAGCACAAUCUUGAGAAUGAGACUCCCAUUUUUUCCCUAGAGCUGCCAGGACGUGGAAAGUUUUGUGUAGAAGCGGCUCCACGAGAUCUUUGUGCCAGGGCCAGGAGUUUCCUUCUGCAAGGAAAGGAAUCAGACUACGAAUCGGGCGUAUUCUUUGCCGCCGACACCCAGGCUGAGCUAUUGGAGUGGCUUCGCCAUCUGAACGAGGCUCUGGAGUUCGCCAGGCACUGGCUGAGUGCCCCUUAACAACUUUGGCAUUCCGUUGAUAUUUUUUCUAUUUUAUAUGUUACUCAUUUCUAUUUAUAUUUUGUUAAUUUUAAACAUUUCCGGGAAUUGUAAAUUUAGAGUGUUUGCCAUGCAAACUUGCCACUCGAAUCUAGUUAAGUGUCAACGUAGAUCGUAAGAGUUAACAUUCCGAGAGGCCUCUUGGGGAUAUAGUCAUUGGAUCUAAAUCAUUAUGUAGCCCCGCUGAUGACGUUACAACAACAACAGUUUAUUACAUACAUAAUUUACAUGGGCUGCUAUAAGUCGAUAAGAUACAGGGUACGAUUAUAUAUAUAUAUUUGAUAAUAGGUUACAAUAUGGUACACAAGUAUGUUUAUAUGCGCUCGGUGAUCAUCCGGUUGGUUGACUGCGGAUAUUAGAAUUUGAAUCGAAUUGGUUAUCCUUGCUCAUGUCCCUCCUUCCUUCCUCCCCACAUCCACCCUCACAAUCGUGCCUAUGCAUAAACUAUUACAUUUAAGUAUAUGUACUAUUUAAGAUGGUUUUUGUAAAUUUUCGUUUUCGUUUGCUCAUUAGAGUGCAAAACAUAAAGAGUCUGAGGUUA